UAGCUAACUGAUGAUCCAGAAAGAUUUGUGUAUUAUGAGGUAAUGAGGCAGUUUUGUUUUUUUUUUCCUGACUGCUGUUUUUCCCAUAGUCAUAAGUUGGCAGUUUGAUGGGCAUGGACAUGAAGAAAUUGUGAAUUGAAGAGAGUAAGAAGUAUGUGUAUUUGGGGGAAGUUACUGGAGGCUGAGACAUACAGGUAAUAGAAAUUUGAGCACAGAAUGGUGGGAGAGCUGUUUAAUGAAUGGGAGUAUGAGAGGUAAAUAAAGUAAUAACGAUAGCAGGUAUAGUGGGAGAAAUUGUUAUUGCAGGUAGGAGAAGUUACUAAGAUGGAGUCUUAAAUGAGUGAUUUUUGCUGAAGACGAUGAAGUUGAUAUUCAAUAAGGAAGUUUUAUUAAAGCUAGAGAAAAUGGGUCUGUCCAUUGUUGAUUAUGAGAAAGCUGUAGGUCUGUAACUUGAUGUUGUGAUGAUGUAUAUUACAAAUCUUUUUUUCAGGUAUAGUGUGUUUUCUCUAUUAGGACAAAUUAAGUAGCACAAUGGUGGGAUGGCAACUUUGCUGGUCAAGCCAAGUUAGUGCUGGGGACUUACUAUUUUGGAGGAAAGAGGGUUAGCAAAUUUCAAACUUUUUCAGAGUUGUCAUUUUUAAGCUGCCAAAUAGUUACACACUAUAUGCUCUGAGUUCAUGUAACAAUGUAGUUUAUUUACUUUUCAAAUUAGUCCUCAGUCAAAUCAUUUUAUGGUUCACAAAUAUCCAUGUAGGUAUGAUUUUACAGAACGUUGAGCCUUCAGUCCACAUAAAUUUUUAAGUUAGAGGAUAAAAACUGGGUAUAAACAAUAACUUGCAACUUCAUAUUUUAAAAUUUCUUCUACAUUUGCAAUCCUAACAAUUAUUUAAUCUUGUGGACUUUAUGAGGUCUUCAGUAAUACUGUUUUCCUGGGACUAAAUAACAUACCCCUGCCAACAAGUUUGUGUUGAUUUUCCCACCUUCUCUGUUACUUUAGAGUUGUAGGAUUCCUGAGACUUCAGUGAAGGCAGAUGUGUCUAUAUCAUUUUGUACACAUUUGAAGUUCUUAUGUCCUUUGUAGGGUGAACUGAUAGUGUUUAGACUUUUGUUCCCAUUAUCCUAGGAUCAUUUUAAAUUACUUAAUGUAAAGAACUGUAAUGCUCAUUUUUAAAAUUUCAAGUAUAUUUGUAUUAACUUUUCUAGUUUGGUUUGACCUAGUCACAAUGCUAUUGACUUGUUAUUUUCAAGUUCAAUUUUACCCAAAUUUGUAUACGUAGUGAUAAAAUCUCUUUAACAUAGCCAAAAAAGUUCUGAUUUUGUGUUUGAAUGGUAACUUUUUUUAUUGUUACAAAUGUCAAGUUCAUUAACUGUAGCAGAUUUAUCUUUGUUAAAGCUUAUUUUUGUAGAGUUGGCACUUCAUAUGAUCUCCACAUUUUAUUGUGUGUCAGAUUUUAGUUAUAGUACAGAUUCGUACUAUAACUUCUUUAAGUCAGUGCAGAGCCUUCUUAAAUAGCCCCUCCCUUAGGAAUCACUUAAAAAAGAAGUGAAUUCCCAAGCUGUGUCAAGAACCAGUGAUUUAAAUGACUGUGAGACAAAUGUUUGAAAGACUUCCUUUAGUCUAGUCAAUGGAGAUGAAUGAUAGCCCAUUUCCAUGCUGCAUACAGUUGUUAGGGUUUAUAAAGUUGUCAGUGUGUAAAAGUGCAAAAGCAGGAAAGACUGUAAAGUUGCCUAUAAAAUUUCUAAUUUUCUUUUUCUGCACUACUUAUCUUUGCACUUGAUUUUUUUAAAUUUAGGACUAGUCACUUUCAUUUUUGUUUCUAGUCUUUUCUAAUUUCUUACAGAAUUGUUUUCAAUAUCCCACCCAAAGCAAAACUUAUAUGCAAUUAAAUAUGCUUUAUAAGUCCAAGAGAAUAUUUCUUAGUGUUAGCUAUAUAGAAUAAAAAUUUUGUUUUGAUAAAAUUUUUAAUAUGGGCCUUUAUUUGCCAGGAAAAUCCUUUGUAAACGUGAGCUUUAUUAAACUAUUUGAAUAGACAAAGUGAAGCUUAGGAUAGGGAAUGUGUGUGUGUGUGUGUGUGUGUGUGUUUUAUGUAUGUAUAUGAAAUGAUUAUCUUUGCAACUUCCAGCUUGAGAUGGCCUGGUUUUGGAGUGUUGAUUGUUUUUCACUGAAGUCAUUGAGAUUUGAGACUUGCUGGGUAUUGGCUUAAAAAGCCAGAAGUGAAAACAGUGUCAAGUGGCAGCUCCCUCUUUCAUGUAGUUUUCUGUAAUGUAGAGUUUCUUCAUGGUUUAUAUGCUAUACCUAGUAUUAAAAUAAUUAUAUUAAAUGAAUAUUCCUUUUUGGAAUUCAAGGUUGACUCACUUUUUGAGGGUGAGAGGGUGGCAAGGAGUAAGGGACUUUAUUUUAACUAGAGGCAUUCUUAUACCCUCAAAAAUGUGCUCUAGAAAGAAUAGAACAAAAAGUGUAUCUGUGAACAUUUUUGUUUGUUUGUUUUAGUGAGAUUGUACGGCCAUGUUCAGAAUUGCAAAAGAAAAAAGUUUGACAGUUUUGUCAAUAGAGCAGAAAUGUGUUUUGGCUAAAAUCAUUUUUUAUUUUUUUAUUUCAUUUUAUAUCUCCUUACUAUAGCAUUUUAGACACUUCAUACUUAAAACCAAGAAGUAAGAGGCCUCUUUUCAGAUCUGUUUUAUUUUUGGAAUGCUUGAGUGCGUGUCUGGAUGGGGGUGCAGGGAGUGGUGUUUUAAUUCUUGACAUGCUCUACUCAGCAUGUUUUGCUAGUCAUUCCGGAUCUUAUGUUUGCAAAUUUGUUGAAAAUUCAGAUGUAUUUGAAAUGCAUCACUGUGAAUGCUUGUGGCUGGACUUUGUUGUGGAACCUGUGGCUUUGUUUUUAAUUUGGCUAGAAAGUUAAAUUUCCUUGGUUCAGGUUUCAGGUUUAUCUAGUGGAAUUGUGUUGGUAGUUGUUUAAAUGUGGACCAAUUUUGGGAAUGAAAGCUGACAAAUGUGUAUUUGACUCUAGAUAAUCCUUUACUCAAAUUGUAAAUUAGAGGCUCACAUCAUUACUGUUGUCUUAAGUUUAUGCUGUCAAUUCUUUAAAUGUAGAUGAUGAUCAACAUUGUAUCGAUGAAUUUCCUUUCGGAAGAGUCUAAAACUCAGUCUCCAAACCUUUUUUUGAAGACUAAAUUUACCAUAUAUGAAAAAUGAAAAAAAUUAGAAAGUGGCUUUGAUUAUUUUCAGAGGAGUUCAAUCAGUUUAAUUUUUUUUCUUAGUUUGAAGCACUUAUUUCCCAAAUGUGAAUAAAGGGAAAAGGUCAAUAAUUUGGCCCUUUUUAUUGAGGCCAUUUUUAGUUUCUGCCCCCCCAAUCCUGGUAUGAAAUAAAUUACGGGUAUCCCUCUGAAUCCCUGUAACCCCUUUUUGGGGUCACAGAUACCUUUGAUAAUCUGAUGAACAUGGUGGACCCACUCCCCAGGGGAAACAAAAACUGCUCAAACACAGAUAAUUUUGCUUAUAACCUCAGGGGCAUAACUUAUCUUCUGAAACCCAAGUUUAGAAUCUCUGCUCUAUGUAAACUCUAUGGGAAAAAAAUUAAUGUGAUUAAUUGAUAAAACUAGAAAUUAUUGGCUUAAAACAGUUGUGAUAGGAAUUAUUGUUAAUGGUGGCCCCUACUAGCAAAUUGUGACUGUAACCAGCUUUGUUAGACAUUAAACCAUCCAGAUGGAAGACAAAAGAAGCAAAGUUCUGAGAGCUAUUUCUAAGGAGUCAGGGCACCCUCUCUAGACAUGGAAUCCAUGUCUAGUUUCAAGGUUCAAGGCAGGGGUCAGGGUGCCUGACAGCUUCUAGCAGGGUAGAGUUUGAUAAACCACAAUGCUCAGGAUGACUAGGGGUUAGCCAUUAUCUUAACCCCUUCCUCACCAAAAGAUUUUAGUUUUGUCUAUUGGGAAACAAGACGUCAAUAGGGAAAAAAAGAUUUGCCUUAUACCUUUGCUGGAACACAUCAGUUGGUGACAUGGGACACCAGUAUUUUUGAGAAGGUGCAUAAAACCAAAGUAAAUUAUUCUCUAUGUAGAAUAUUAUUUACUAGUAACAUUUGUUUGGAUGUAUUAGCUUUGACAAUUUUUACCAGUAAAUACUGAUUUUGUUUAAGACUGGGAAUCCAGUUUAUAAAUAGGAUAGUUGAUAUAUCUGUCCUUUACCCCAUGUAAAGACUAGUUUAAAGAUUUAUUCAUACUUUUUACUUUCUUCUUUUAAUGCCAUGGAGUGGGGUGGGUUGGGGGGGAUGUCUGAGUCAACUACUGACAGAAUGUCUUCUCCAAACUUGAGAAUUGAGAAGCAGCACUUUAAGUCUAACUCUACAUCAUUUUAGUGCAUGUAUUAGUUUUAAUAAUGAUUUUUGGUGCAUGCCUUUGGGCUUAUUCAAAAGUGUACAAUAGGAAAGUAUAUUUCCUUUCUUAGAAAGGAGAUGUUUUUCUACUUUGCAACAUGUGAUUACAAAAUCUUCCUCUGUGGGAAGAUUAACCAUGUAUUGAACUACUGAAAAGUAUAUAUUUUUAGAUAUACAGAAGGAAUCUACAUGGAGCAGCAUUCAGACCUAUAUAGAAGUCAUAGCAUUCUGUAUAGGACCAAAAAGGAAUAACAUUAAACACUUAAACAGACUUUGUUGGGUAGAAAUACCUUUAGAUCUUGCUUUGACUUCCAAAAGGAAAAUGCCACAGAAGUUUGCUGAAAACUUUUGUUGCUUGAAUUUUCUCUGUCAGUGUAUUUAGCCCAAGUACAACAGUUUUGGGCUAACACGUAAGAAUCAAAAACAAAACAAAAACAAAGCUAACUAAAUAGAUUAGUCUGGUUUGUCAGUCCAGCUUGACUGAUAUAAGUAAACUAAUCACUUAUAACGUGAAAAACUGUCCAACUCCUCUAAGGUUUUGACAAAAUAACCUUGGCUGAUGUGGGAAGGUUCCCACUUUGAUUUCUGACCUGACAGUGAAGAUUCAUGCUUGACAUGAUUUCAAACCUGACAGUGUCUGUUUAAGGAGCUAUGGUACAGUUUGCUAAUUCAAUCCCAGAUACCUGUUGAUUACCCGUGAGAUCUAGAGUCCAAAGUAGCCAGCAGCCGUAUCCCUGAGUGCUCUGUGCCCAUCAGAUCUCUUAAAAGUAAGCAGGGUUGGGACAGGUCACAGCUCAGAAGAGUGACCUCAAGUGCUGUGGACAGCCCCAGAGUCAAGAAUUGUAUCAACUUUCUUGGGAGUCAUCACUGAACUAACGUCCCACACGGUAUUACUUACUAUAGAUGCUCUCUUUUGGAAGAGGCCCAGAGGAUACAUCCUAAUCGCUUGCGGUACUCAGAGAGGGGGUGCUAACUCUGAUGCCCUGGCCAAAUUCCAGUUUAGGGAUGUGGGUCGUCUUCUUGCCAUUCUAAUUGGAAAUGUGCAUCGCUUCCCAUUUUCCCUGUUGAUCUCAGUGCAAACUUGCACUAGUCUGUUUCUUUGCCCUGGUCCCAAGUCUCUAAGAUGCUGGUGUGUUUAUAUGGGCCAAGUUCAUGCCUUCUCCUAAUGCACAAGAGUUGAGGAAUGAGUGACCCUGCUGUCCUUGGAGGAUACACAGGAGUGACCCUGUGUUUGGAGGAUAAACUUGUGAUGCUUUGGGGAUUGGCCCUCCUUUAGCAUAAUUUGGGAAAUGUGCACUGGCCGGAGGCUUCCAGCCAUGAGGUAUGAGCUGAAACCUACUUUCCCUCUUUUCUUAUAGCAUGUUGAGAAAAUCUGUUGGGUUUUCAGCAGCCAGGGAAGGCCGGAGUUCUGCAGCUUUAAUCUGGGUAACUUGAGGCUGGUUUGAGCAGGACUUUGGUUAAUUAACUGGGUUCUCAGAUGCCACAGACUCCGUGAAAAGUCACCAUUAUUUUCAAUGGUUGUGAUAGAAUUUCCCUCACUAGUCAUUAUUUUAAGAUUAUAUUGCAGAGUUGUUUUAUUUGAGCUUUUUUUGUGUAUACACAAUCCCAAACUGGAAGAAAUUUUAAAAAAAGGAAUCCUGCUGUGAAAGGUAUAUAUUACUCUAGAUUUUUCUUACUGUAAAUAUUGUAAGAUUGUAAUACUGUCGAUAUUUUAUUAACCAACAAAUGUUAAUCUAUGUGAAUUCAGACUUAUUUUAAAUGUGCUUCUUAUUUACUGUGUGUGGUCCCUGUUGCUGACAGUAUUAAGUUAUAUUCUGAUGUAAGAUUAACUUUAUUAAAGAAUGUAAACAUUAAUGUUUCCUUAUGGGAAAACAAAUAAAGUAUAAAGAAGACAAUUCUUUUGAUUAAAAUAUACUGUGUAUUUACACUUGCUAGACCCAGCACCACUUAUAAAUUUAGUACACUGUUCAGAAUUUUAGUUACCACAGCUGGCAUGGUUGUGCUCUCUUUGAAAGUCUAAGAGUAGGUGUUGUUGGAACAUAACAGUUUGUAUUUGUCUGCUGUGAAUCAAUCUUGAAAUUUCUAAUCAAGUUUGUAAAAUUUUUAUAGUAAAACAUUUUAAUGACAAUUUAAAAAUUUAUCUUCUCUAAAGAAUGGUCAAAACUAUAUCCUUUCAGAAAUAUAAUUGUUCUUUAAUAUCUUUCCAAAAUGACUUUGGUUAAAUGGACCAGAUGUAUAUUAGUUGAAAUUUAGGACAAAGUUGUGAUAUUCUUUGAGUUUACAAGUUAAUCCUUAUUGGAAAUGUGCCAAUUAUACAGUAGAAUAUCAUUAAUUUGCACUGUUUGGGGACCCCAUUAAGAAUGCUGAAUUUUGCCAACUAAGAAGUAAGCAAAUGCAAUUUAAAAAGUAAAUCUGAGCAUUCUGUAUUAAAUAUGUGCAGUUAUUAUCACAUGAAGAAGCGCAGUGUGUCGGGCUGUAAUAUAACCAUACUUGCUGUCAUGUUCUCCCAUCUCAGUGCUGGGAACUCACCAUGUGGAAACCAAGCAAAUGUGUUGUGCAUCAGCCGGCUUGAGUUUGUUCAAUAUCAAAGCUGAAACUAGCGAGGUCUGCUGUACUGCUUAUUGAAGUAUUGUGAUUCUUUUAGGCAUUGAUUCUUAUAAAAUAUAUACUGUAACAGUAUACUUUGUACAGAUUUAAAUUUUAUUUGAAAAAAAUGAAAUAAAGUAGGCAAAAAAUAAAGAUGUUUAUUUUUCAUGUGACUA